CAAGCCACAAACUGGACGACUUGUACAGAGCUAUGCCGCCGAAGCGCGAUGAAGUCCAAGUUGGCGACGAGAAAUGGAAGGUGCCUUUUUGGCAGGAGCCUGUCAAGGAGGCAGAGCUUGCCAAGCAUGAGGAUGGCACUCUCAGCUUGGCGCGCCGUGAGGGGUACUUGCAAAAGCGUGCAGGGAAAUCGCGCUUUCGCUGGACCAUUCGGUUUUUCGAGCUGACGGAGGGCCAGAUUCGAUGGUGGAGGCCUUCCUUCAAGGAUCAGCUCACCCAGCCAAGACCUCCACAGGUGAUCCGGAACAAGGAGCCUCGUCCCAAGCCUGUGAGAUGUCUUGAUCUCACUCAACUCAAGCAGAUUACGCGGACCAAGGUGAGGUUUCCCUACUCCACGCGCAUCUUGCUCCAAUUCAAUCCAGACUACACGGACUAUCAGUUGGAGUUGAGAUCUGAGCGGGAACUGGAAAUCAUGGAGUGGUACAAAAUCCUGAUUCGCUUCACCAUGGAGACCUACGAUGUCUCCGUGGAUCGCGCGCCCGAUGGACCGGCCGAUGCUGGAGAAGAAACUGAUGCUCCGGACAGGAUGUGAGUCAGAUGUUUGGGGUGUCUCAAGAGGCAUUCUCAGGGCGCCUUGGUUUGGACCGCGGGGGGGGCACAGAAGAUGCCCUUUCUGACGCAGAAACACCAUCAAAGUGAAGGCUAGGC